CGAGGCCCAACUUUUGCUGGUAAUUGCACGCGGCGACGCUCGACCCAGCGCUGCGGCUUGCAGCCAGUGACGCCUGAAAGAGCGGCGACACACUGGCUAAACUGCCAGAACUGCAAGAGUGCUGCAGCGCUACGUGUGCAUCUCAUUAGUGAGGCCAGCACGAGCGACGCCGCCGACGCCGGCGCAGCGGUGGCCAAGCGAUGCCCGGAUCACCCCCGCCCACGACCGAGCAGCGCCGCGCCGUCAAAGAUGUAUUAGAUGGACCCGAGCGUCAAAGGUUAGGCGACGUCUACUAUGUGCUUUCACAAAAGUGGUGGGCCGCGUGGCGCCAGCACGUCGCCUACGAGAAAAGUGAUUCUUCUUCAUCCUUGGAUCUUGCGGGGUUGUCGUUGACACGAACCAGUAGUGUGGAGGAGGGCCCUGGACCGAUAACCAACGAACCGCUCGGCGUCUCCGCGGGCAGCGAAUUCAUCCUGCGAGAAGGACUGGUAGAGCGGGACGACUACGCCUUAUUGCCGGAACGGGCCUGGGACCUUCUGACGAGGUGGUACGGCCGCGAUUAUGAAUUCAAGGCCCUAGUGGUCCAAGGCGCCUCAUCGUCGGAUUUGACCCUGGAGGUCUUCCCGUUGCGAUUUGAUGUUAGAAUCGUGUCCGAGGACGGUGCCGCGUCUGGCCCUUCGAACAGUGUACAGUUAUCGAGGUCGGACAAGGUAAGCAGCGCCAGACGCGCACUCGAGGACGCUGUAACAGGAAGAGGAGAACGACGAGUGUGGGUCAAGCCCGCUUCUGAUGAAUCUUUUGAAGGUGAAAAAACAGGAGCGCCGCGAUCCUUGAAAGCUGACUUCUGGGGCGACAGCGACUGGAGAUUGUUGGAAGGUGAUCGGGACGCGAUGGUCGGUGGGAUUCCCUCGAUCCACGAAGAUCGCGAAUGUCCGCGCUGGGGCGCCCUGGUCGAAUCUCGAACCUCGGGUGAGUGGCCCCGAGAUCUGCAGCGGGAGAAGUGGCGCGCGCACAUCCGCGUGGGCGACGUCAUCGACGCCAAAGAUAGCGAAGGCAGGUGGUUCGAUUCGAGGAUCGUGGAGGUGGACCGCGACCGGGUCAAGGUCCACUACAACGGCUGGUCUUCAAGAUGGGACUCGUGGGUCGACCGCAAGGACGAGUCGAUCCAGCCGCAUUUGACGCACACGGACGACUGGCGCCGGUUGAAGGUCGGCGACGCCCUGGAAAUGCGGGGACCGGGGGAGAAGGCCCUGUGGUACAAGGGCUUCGUGAAGGAGGUCGACGGGUCUCGAGUCCUGGUGUCCUCGCACACGCCGAACGUCGACAGGCAGUGGCUCGAGACGUCGUCGGAGCACAUCUGUAAACUAGGCACCCAUAUAAAAGCGGAGCGCGACCCGAAGCCCUUUGCACGAUCUUAUUCGUCGAGCGCGAGGCCUGGUCGCUCACAUGUCCGCGGCCAGCCGCCGGCGCGAGGCGCCGUCGGUCUCCAGAAUCUAGGUAAUACGUGCUUCAUGAAUUCGAUGUUGCAGUGUCUGUCGCAUACGAGGCCGCUCACCGAUUACUUUUUACGGGAUGAGGAGGGCGAGCCGUUCUACGUCCGACAAAUCAACGAGAAGAACCCGCUCGGGUCUGGCGGCGACCUCGCGAGGGCCUACGCUUCGUUCAUCCGAGACGCUUGGAGUGGUAGCUACUCUACGGUAACACCCUCAGCAUUAAAAAGAGCUGUGUCAGGAUGGAAGUCCCAAUUCAGCGGCUACCAGCAGCAGGAUUCCCAGGAGCUCAUGAUGGCCUUGUUGGAUGGCUUGCACGAGGACCUGAACGAGAUCAUCCAGAAGCCGUACGUCGAGCAACUCGAGAGCAAGGGCGAACCGGAUCAUGAGCUCGCGAAGGAAUCGUGGCGGCGUUUUGGAUUAAGGAACAAGUCGGUGGUCAUGGACCACUGCAUGGGCCAAUUGAAGUCCCACAUCACGUGCGACAAGUGCGGCCACGAGUCCAUUUUAUUUGACCCGUACAAUCAUAUUUCUCUGCCGUUACCGGCCGCGGGCGCGCGACGCGUCACGUGUACGCUGUUCAAGAAGCACUCCUCGCAACGACCGCUGAAGGUCAUUGUGGCCGUGCAGUCGAAAGACACGGUUGGUGCUCUCAAACAAGCAUUGGCCAAGGUCGCUUCACUGGAUGGCUCCGCCCUCGACUUAUGUGACGUGUGGGGCCAUCGAGUGUACCGGACCUUUUCCGAUAAUUUUUCCGUGGAGCACAUCAAGGCGAAUGACGAAUUAGUUGCGUUUGAGCUUGGGGAGAGAGAUAGGGCUAUUGAUGUGCUUUGUGGUCGGGUGUCGCGGUAUGCCUCGGCGGAUAGGCAGUCUCCUUACGAGUUGUUCGGGAGGCCUCUCCGCAUAGCUGUGACAUCCACCACAACUUGUGGAGAGGUAAGAAACGUAGUGCGACAGUGCACGAAGCGUUUUUGCGACGAGGCGUCUUAUUCCCUGAAAAUCUCAACCGCCGCCGGGACGCGCUUCGAGUCCGACUUAGGGAAGGAUGACGAGCUCCUGCCAAAAGAAGUCGCGACGUUAACGCUCGAGUUCAAGAGCGACGAGGGUUACGACGAAGAUGAGAGCGAUAAGGUCGAGGAGCAUGCGUCGUGUGCGGAAAACGGUCAUAGAGAUAUCAACUUGGUGGACUGUUUCCGGAAAUUCGCGGAAAAGGAACAACUGGGCGAGACGGAGAUGUGGUACUGCGGCAAGUGUAAAGAGCACCAGAGAGCGUAUAAGAAGCUGGAUUUGUGGUCGGCGCCGGAGAUACUCAUAUUGCAUUUGAAGCGGUUCCAGUACGCGCAGAACACGUACUUCGUGCAUCGCCAGAAGUUGGAUGAUAGAGUAGCGUUUCCAGUCGAGAAUCUGGACCUGUCGCCGUGUGUGUUGGAUCCCGAAUCGCGACGGUCAGCACAGUACGACUUGUAUGCUGUUUCCGAGCAUUCAGGCGGGUUGGGCGGAGGACACUAUACGGCCACGGCCAAAGACGACAACACUGGUGUGUGGUACCACUACAACGACUCCGUCGUGUCGCGCGCGGACGGCGUCGUGCCGUCGGACCCGAAGGCCUACGUCUUGUUCUACAAGCGGCGGCCGGGUAAGAGUAGCUAGCAUUUAUCGUUUUGUGUUGCGUCUGCGGUCGGGGCUUAGUACAGAAUACUUACUUGUGUCACAUGCCUCCCGUGGUGCCCUCCGCCCACGUCGAUGGCUGUCAAGCGCCCCC